AUGAAGGGAAAUUCCCGUUCACUGAAGGUACCUGUUCAUAGUCCCGAUCGGAUAUACGGCUUGAGGUGGGCCAUUGAGGUUUUUCAAUCAUUUGGGGGCCCCUCUCUACAUGAGGGAAAUAAAAAAGAAAUCCAUCUCAAUGAGGAAAUUUCCCUAAAGCACAAAAAGGAAGUUGGCACCUCCGAGGUCCGAGUCAAGCAGUCUCCGAUGCCGGUUCAGGCAAUCAGCACGUCCGUCUGGGCUGGUUACUUCCGUUAUCCGUUCAACUUGUUCCUCGGUAUCAAUAUGGAAAGCGCUACCUCAGUUAACCUGGAGAAAAUAUUUUUCCGCUGUCCCCUCAAAGAAGUGGACAAGUGUGACGAUAGCCAGCCAGGCAGCAAGCAAACCUCUAGCGGCUGGCCAAUGAUCGGCCAGCGCCGCCAGACCCGAUCCAUUCUGGUCCCUUUGGACUGCGUCAAUAAUCCCAAGAAAAUGAAAAAAAGAAAUCCAUGGGGACUAGACUAA